UAUAAAAUUCCCCAAUUGAUUUUGGCUUUUGUUUGAAAGAGAGGAAAUGAAAGUUGAAGAAAAUUCUCAUAUUUUGUCUUUAUAAUUUUCUUUUUUAUCAUGAACGUGUUUUUUUGGGAAAGUAUCAUGCUCGUGACUCCAAUGUUUGAGUUUAGUUUUGAAGCUCAGCGUGGUCUUCUUUCUUUUUGCUUGUUUACGAGUUUGAGUGGUCCAUAAUAUGUUUAUAUGUUGCUCUUGUUCACCAUGAAGAAUUCACGAAGAAGAAUGAAAGUAAAAUAUACUACGGAAAGGGGGAUGUUGAAAAAGUUUCAAACGUCUCUAUUAUUAUAAUCGGAAAAUUAACGCUUUAAAAAAACUCCUUUCCCUGAAAGAUUUUUAUAUUUAAGACUUGAAGCGGAAAUAUUUUAAUGAGAUUUUGCAUAAAAAAACAUACAUAUAGGUACAAUAUUGUUAUGAUAUAAAUGAAUCAAGGAUAAUGCUAGAAGUUUGAUAUUGAGGACAAUGCUGUUGAAAGUUAAAAUUAAACAUUUUACAUAAUUCACUUCACUUUAAAGAAAAUUAAUCAUUUUCAAACAAAGACGGAUACUUUACAAACGCCUCCGCAUAAUAAGAAAUUUAUAAGCAUAGCUAUGCAGUUGCAUAAUCGCUUUUGUGCCUUUUUAAUCCAUCACAAACAUUAUAUUUCAGCACUAUCUUUUGGGCAUGGAGGAAAUUUCUCAUUCUACGAAAGGAUAUGAAAAGUCAAAGAAGAGUUUCAAUGAAAAGCUUUAAUGAGAUAUUGUGGAUGACACUUUUGCGCAUAAUAAAGCAGCAGAGAGAAUAACAUAAUUUAUCUUUAUGGAAAAUUUUUAGCUCAAAUUAGCAUAAUUAUAAUGAUUUUUUUGCAGAAAAAAAUGCAAAAUAUUUCCUAAAGUCACAUGAACUUCCAUUUAAAUCAACUCUACACCAAAGGUCCACAAGAAAUAAAAUUAGUUAGGAUGUGAACGAGGACCCUGUGUAAGUUUGUAAAUUAAUCAGAGAGAACCAACUGAACCUUGUCUUCCCUGAAUAAAAUAAUAUAUAUUUUUUUAAAUAUAGAUGUCAAUUGACGCAAUAAUUCAAAUAUUUCUGCAUCAGUACGUCUACUUUAAGCUUAAACCUUGAGCAUUAAUAAACUGUAUUUUCCAUCAACACCACGCAUUAACUAAAAACACAUAGUGUUUGAGAUUAAUUCAGCGAUCACAUAGAGAUGUGGUGCGUACUGGACUUGGCAACAUGGCCCACGGAAAAGUAAAGUUAAAUGCAGACUGUCGGUGGAAUUUGCAAAGAUUGUAUAAAGUUUUUCUGCCUGGAAUUGUAAAUCUACAAUUAAAAUUAAUUAUACGAGGAGGAAGUUUCUUAAUUUGGUGUGUAGCCGAAUUAAUAGGUAAAAAAAUCACUCAGCAGUGGAAAAACCAACCGACAAAUCUCAAAAUGGUAUCUCAAUAUUGCAUUUAAUUAGACGAAAAGAGAGUAUUAGACGAAACUAGAGUUCCAAUGCAAAGCAAACUAUUAUGGAUUUGAGUUGAUAAAUAUUUGAUCUGUAGGUAAUUUUUGCAAAAAGCUCCUCUCGGCUGAAAGUGGUUGAUAACCAAUAAUAUUCAGUACAAAUAUGUUUUAAAAAAUCGUUCAGAAAGGUUGCUCUGCGCAUCAUGUAAGAAUUAUUUACAUAGAAUAUAAAUCUUCUUCUCCAAAUGAAGUUAUAAGAAAGUCCCAAUGUAAUCUCUUUUGCAACGAAGCAAUUGGGAAAAAAACUCUAACUUAAUUUCUUUCAUAAAGUCAACUUUUUCUAAGGGAAGUAUCUACCAAAAAAAUCCUUUAAAAGUUAAUUGAAUUUAAUGUACACUCAUUGGGCAUUUAAAAGAGCAUUAACGCAGUAGAAGUUAUUGAACAUUGUCACUUAAAGCAGUGAAAGUUAUACUCAAACACUUCCACACUGUAGGCCUAUGCCACAAAGGAAGUAACGUUGAGAAAAAAAGAUGAUUAAGAAUAAAAAAAAAUUUUUUGGUCUCUUUGGUCCAUGUAGACAAAUCUUAGAGACGAAUAAAUAGCAUUAAAAAAAUGAGAGUAAAAAAAGAUGAGCCACUGAAUUUCAUUCCAACUUCCAUCUCAACUUCUUUUUUAUCCUUUACAUUUUAAUUACACACAGCAGGGCAACUUGCUCCAAAUGUGUCCACAAGAAGAUCACAUGUGGUCAGUUGUAAAAUCUUAAUCUCUUGCAUCACCUUGGUGUAAGCCAGCACACACACAUUGCGCGCCAAAAAGAAAAACAUCACAUGCACUUUCAUUUUCAUUUUGCUAUCUCUCUGGGGGGAUUCAUUUUGACGCGGCAAAAGCCUCACGAUCACCGGGUACCCAUCGCGCGGUGGAAAACGAAGUGAAUGGCUGUGGUUUUAACCUGCCCUCCCUCUUCUGGUGGGCAUCCGCGAGAGACGUUGAUGUUGCGAUGUGAAAGAGGUGGAAGGCACAUUCAGCAGCCACAUAUUGAGUCAGUUGUCGUUGAUUUGUAACAAGAAGCAGACGUCCACCUGUGGUGCUCCACCAACUUUUUUUUUCGCUUCAUUCUUCAGUGGUUCGCGAUACAAAAAAAGCACUCAUACCGAAGAAAAAUUCCCUAAAGUGUUGAGUGUGAAGUUGGGUGAAGAAGUGGAGUUUUUUUAAAUAUUGUUUUUGUGAUUUGUGUGGGGAAAUUGUGUAAGAAAAAUGCUCUUGCAUAGUUUACGGGCAUUCUUCCUUCUGCCCAUAGCUUUUGUAGUGGCAUGGAAACCAAUUGUUGGACCCCCAGCGGCUUUUACACUCAAACAGACACUUCCCGCCGUGGCUACGUCCGUUGCCUCAUUCAAUGGGGAUGAAUAUCUAGAUACUCAGAGUCAAGCAGCAUCUAAUCCCUACAUUGAUUCUGAAGAGAGAAUACUCAAUGGAAAAUUCUCAUAUGCUGCAAAUUCCAUUUUCAACACAGGACUCACAGGACCAUUGCAGGACUCAUGCAGUGUGGACAAAUAUGCUUUAGAACACGAGGGGACUCUGCAAUAUGACAAAACUCUCCCCAAAUUGGAUCAAUUUACCCUUUGUGCAUGGAUGAGAUUUACGAAUCAUAGUGGAGAUCAUACUAUAUUCACAUAUUCAGUCAAUGGCGAAGACAGAGAAAUUCAACUGUGGGUGGCAAAUUCUAAAGGUUCGAGUUUUAUUUCUCUUGCUGUUCAUGGUCAAUCGCUCUACCGACUGAACUACCCACUGAGAUUCCGACAGUGGCACCAUGCCUGCACAUCCUGGAAUGGCAAAACCGGCGAAUGGCAGUUGUGGAUUAAAGCCGAACGAGUUGGUCGUGGUUUCCAUAAUCGCUUGGUUAAUUACCAAAUAAAAGGAAAUGGAAUUAUCUUCUCGGGUGGUCCCUCAAUCACUGGCACAGUAGCCGAGGGUCUUCAUACCGAAGUAACAAUGAUUCAGCUUUACAAAGUAGCUCUAAGUGCUGGGAAAGCACAUCGAGACCAUAAACAUCAUCAUGUUCAUCAUUUUGAUCACAAUGGACCAAUUACAAGUACAGCACCACCCCCAACGAAUCCGCCACAACCUGUACAACCGGUCAAUCCAUUGCUGGCCAAUGGACAAAUAGCCACGCGGGUGAGGCUAAAUUUGGCCGGUGUACAGAAUCAACCGGAAGCUCCAAAUGUCCUCCCGGGACAACCUGGGGCACCGGUACAUGGGCUCCCAUCGCAACUUGUCGGUGGUCUCCUGCCACAGCAGCAAGGAGCAACGAUUACAACGCAAUUCAUAAAUGGUCAAUUCCACACUGGUGGACGUCUCCUGUCGGAGCAAUUAGUAUCGGGAAAUCUCUUGGGUGGUAUCACACCGAGACCACCCAAUACUCUCACAUUCCCCGGCCCUGUGGUUUCAUCGCCAGCUCCAUCAUUGGGUGCCACAUCCUUCGCCGAGUUGGGUAACUCGGCAAAUGUUCAAUUUAUCGAUGAUUCCACGAAUACGCGAUUCCUCUUCAAGCGUGAAGAUAAAUCCACAGCAGCAGCGGAGGAAGAGGACACUCAAGUGGAUGAUAAGAAGGUUAAGAAGCGUGGGCUUAUUAUGCUUUCAGAUGGAGCAAUAAUUGAUGAUAGCCUCCUUGGGCGUGAUCCUGAGAUCCUCGAGGGACUCACGCAAUUCGGGGAACAAUCCUUCCGCGACAGUUUAUCCCGUGAUGAGGGAAUUGAAGAUGAGAUUAGGGAGCACGAUAGGGAACCCGCUGAGGGUGAAGUACGAGCCGUUAUGAAUUUAUGCACAUCGUGCGAUCAUGAACCCUUCUUGGGGGCAAUUGUAUUGGCAUGGAAAGAUCUCCAUGUGAGCAUGAGUCAUGCUCUAAAGGCAAAAACAUCGGGUAUUUGUGGGCAGUUCUAGACUUAAAGGAAAUAUUAAUCAAAUUUCACACAAAAUCCACUCAUUAAUUCAACACACACCGCAUUAACUAGAUGUUACAUCGAAUUUUACUAUAAUAAUUAAUUAAUUAAUUAAUGUAUAGAAUGCCAAUCUGAGCCAUUUUUUGUACAUUUUUUAUAAAGAUCUUUUUUUUUUCAAUAAAUUAUUUAAAUAAAA